AUUGGAUAGAGUGACCAGCUUUGGCCCGAAAGACCAGAAAAAGAAAAAUCUCAACGGCGAUGGAAGCCGUACAUUUCUCGACCGUUGCUUCCCGCCACUUGUCUACGGCGUCGCAUUCCGUGUCCACCAACAGAGGCUUCUCCGGUUCCAAGUACGCGGCGGCGAGGAGUCCGGCGGUCAAGCUGGGAUCAUCCUGGACUGCUUCUGGCAACCCAGCUUGGCUCACUUCUAGAAACUUGUUCACUAGGGAGAUAUGGGGUUGGGUGAAUUCGAAGCAAGUUACGAUUGCUCGGAAGGAGUUGCGGGGGAUUGUGAGGGCUGAAAUGUUUGGCCAGUUGACGAGUGGGCUCGAAUCGGCUUGGAGCAAGCUCAAAGGCGAAGAGGUUUUGACUAAGGAGAAUAUUGCGGAGCCUAUGAGAGAUAUAAGGAGAGCUCUUUUGGAAGCUGAUGUGAGCCUUCCUGUUGUAAGAAGGUUUGUGCAAGCUGUCAGUGACCAGGCUGUUGGUGUCGGAGUUAUUCGAGGAGUGAAGCCGGAUCAGCAAUUGGUCAAGAUUGUGAAUGACGAGCUAGUGAAACUGAUGGGUGGAGAGGUGUCUGAACUUACCUUUGCAAAAUCUGGUCCCACUGUUAUUUUAUUGGCUGGCUUACAAGGAGUUGGGAAGACGACUGUAUGCGCAAAAUUGGCUAAUUACCUUAAGAAACAGGGGAAGACUUCUAUGCUUGUCACUGGUGAUGUAUACAGACCUGCUGCUAUUGACCAACUUGUAAUUUUAGGUGAACAGGUAAAAGUGCCUGUGUAUACAGCAGGGACUGACACUAAACCUUCAGAAAUAGCUAGGCAAGGUUUAGCGGAGGCCAAAAAGAAGAACAUAGAUGUAGUAAUAAUGGAUACUGCUGGAAGGCUUCAGAUAGACAAAGGAAUGAUGGAUGAGCUGAAAGAAGUUAAGCGGGUUUUGAAUCCCACAGAAGUUUUGCUUGUUGUGGAUGCAAUGACUGGCCAAGAAGCUGCAGCUUUAGUUACAACAUUCAACGUAGAGAUUGGGAUUACUGGAGCUAUUUUAACAAAGCUAGAUGGGGAUUCUAGAGGUGGAGCAGCUUUGAGUGUUAAAGAGGUAUCAGGAAAGCCAAUCAAACUUGUUGGGCGAGGAGAGAGGAUGGAGGACCUUGAACCUUUUUACCCAGACCGUAUGGCGGGACGCAUAUUAGGAAUGGGAGAUGUUCUCUCAUUUGUGGAAAAGGCGCAAGAAGUUAUGAAACAAGAAGAUGCUGAAGACUUGCAAAAGAAGAUAAUGAGUGCAAAGUUCGAUUUCAAUGAUUUCCUAAAACAAACUCGUGCUGUUGCACGCAUGGGUUCCAUGACUCGUGUUCUUGGAAUGAUCCCUGGCAUGGGCAAGGUUACUCCUGCACAAAUUCGAGAAGCAGAGAAGAGUUUGAAGAUAAUGGAAGCAAUGAUUGAAGUGAUGACCCCCGAGGAAAAGGAGAAGCCAGAGUUGUUGGCAGAAUCUUCAACCAGGAGAAAAAGAGUUGCUCAAGAGUCCGGGAAAACAGAGCAGCAGGUGAGCCAACUUGUUGCUCAACUCUUCCAAAUGCGAGUUCGUAUGAAGAAUCUAAUGGGUGUAAUGGAAGGCGGCUCUAUUCCUGCACUGAACAAUCUUGAAGAAUCUCUCAAAACUGAACAAAAGGCUCCUCCUGGCACUGCAAGGCGGAAACGACGAUCUGAUUCGAGAAGGCAGUUUGUUGGCUCGGCAUCUCGGCCCGGUCCUCGUGGUUUCGGAGGGGGAAACUGAACGAGCAUAGCUAGCGGGAGUUCAUGUCAAUGAGAUUCGUGUUCUCAGUAUUUUACACUCUAAGAGAUAUGUUUGCGUACAACUCUACAAGUAUAUUACAUAUUCUCCAUGAUUGCUGUAGGCCAUGUAUCAAGCUCAUUGUAUAUUCACUUUUUCUGUACGCCAUCUGUUUUUUGUAUUAAUGGAAAAUUCUUGCAUGUUGCGUUGCAACACUCCUUAUGACGUCA